AGUAAAAUGGCGAAGGCUUCUUUAUCAGUUCAGGAUCCACUUGUCUGUUCAAUCUGUCUGGAUUUAUUUAAGUUUCCAGUGACUAUUCCCUGUGGACACAGUUACUGUAUGAGCUGUAUUGAGGGCUUCUGGGAUCAGGAUGAUCAGAGAGGAGUCUACAGCUGCCCCCAGUGUAGACAGACCUUCACCCCAAGACCUGUUCUCAGUAAGAAUACCACACUGGCUGAACUGGCUGAGAGACUGAGGAAGAUACGACUCCAAGCUGCUCAUCGUGCUGUCUGUUAUGCUGGACCUGGAGAUGUGGAGUGUGACAUCUGCACUAGAAGAAAACUCAAAGCCGUCAAAUCCUGUCUGGUGUGUCUGGUGUCAUUUUGUGAAACUCACCUUCAGCCUCACUAUGAAUCUACUGCCUUUGAGAAACAUAAACUGAUCGAAGCCUCCACACACCUAAAGGACAGGAUCUGCUCUCAACAUGACAAAUUAAGGGAGAUUUACUGUCGCACUGACCAAAAAAUGAUCUGCUAUUUGUGUACAACGGAUGAACACAAAGGCCAUGAUACAGUCUCAGCAGCCACUGAAAGGACUGAGAAACAGAGACAGUUGGGAAAGACCAAGAGAAAACUCCUGCAGAGAAUCCAGGAGAGAGAGAAGGAGCUACAGGAGCUGAAACAGGCUGUGAAGUCUCUCAGGAUCUCUGCACAGACAGCAGUGGAGGACAGUGAGAGGAUCUUUACUGAGAUGAUCCACUCCAUUGAGAGAAAGUGCUCUGAGGUGAUAGAACAGGUCAGAGCUCAGGAGAAGACUGAAGUGAGACUGACUGAAGAUCACAUAAAGAAACUGGAGCAGGAGAUUGCUGAGCUGAGGAAGAGAGACACUGAGCUGGAGCAGCUUUCACACACAGAGGAUUGCAUCCAGUUCCUCCAGAGUUUCCAGUCUCUCUCUGUUCAUCCUGAAUAUAAAGGGUUACCCAGCAUGACUGUCAAUCCAGACUUCAGUUUUGAGGAUGUGAGGAAAACUGUCGCUGAAAUGAAGAAGAGACUAGAAGAAUUCUUCAGUGAAGAAGCUAUCAAGAUUUCAGAAAAAGCUACAACAGACCAGCUUUUCUUAUCUACUGAACCCAAGACCAGAGAGGACUUUUUACAAUAUUCCUGUCAGCUCACACUGGAUCCCAACACAGCACAUAGAAAGCUUCGUCUGUCUGAGAGGAACAGAAAGGCAACAGGGACUAAAACUGCUCAGUCAUAUCCUGAUCAUCCAGGCAGAUUUGAAGAGUGGAUGCAGGUUCUAUGUAGAGAGAGUUUGACUGGACGCUGUUACUGGGAGGUUGACUGGACUGGAAUGGUUUUUAUAGCAGUGUCAUAUAAAGGCAUCAGCCGGAAAGGAAGAGGUAACGAGAGUGGGUUUGGAAACAACGAUCAGUCCUGGAGUUUGGUCUGUUGUGGAUCCAGUUACACUUUCAAACACGAUAGUAUUGAAACUGAAAUCCCAAUAGUUUCCCGUUGUCCCAGAAUAGCAGUGUACCUGGAUCACAAGGCAGCAACUCUGUCCUUCUACAGCAUCUCUGACACAAUGACCCUCCUCCACAGAGUCCAGACCACAUUCACUCAGCCCCUCUACGCUGGAUUUUGGAUUAGUGCCUUAAGUUCAAUUUCUCUUCAGGUUUUAGAUCUUUAA